AUGGGCGCGCUGAACCCGAAGCUUGCCCGAACUCAAGGCAUCUUGUCGCAGCACACGACUCCUACACCUCGUUUCAAAACGGUGUCGCUGAGCGAAGUAUUCGCACAGAAGCUUGCCCGAACUCAAGGCAUCUUGUCGCAGCACACGACUCCUACACCUCGUUUCAAAACGGUGUCGCUGAGCGAAGUAUUCGCACAGUAA